AUGAAAUCGACAGCAUCUGUUCGAAUUCAUUUGAAUAUUCCAGAACAAACAUCACAGUAUUCAUCAUUUAAUCUUGAUCAUACACCAUCAUUACCAUCAACAGUAAUAUUAACAAAAAAUAAAUUAACAACAACUAUUCCUCAAUCAUUAUCAACAAAUCUAGAUUGUGGACAACGUUUUGCUCGUUUUAGUAGUGUUAGUAGUAGUUACGCUGAGUUUUUAAAACAACGUGAUAUGGAUAAAGUUAAAAAAAUUUUAUCACAAGAAGAUCAACGUUUUUUAUUAUCAUCGAGUGACUGGGUUGAAGAUGUUAAAGAUAGUGAUCCAUAUGUUUCUGUUAUUAGUCGACUUGGUGAAGCUAUACAAGAUUCUGAAACAUUAGUCGAAUUUGUGAAGAAAUCAUUUUCCAUCGUUACAAAUACAUACGGAGUUACGGUUCUAUUGGCAUUGUUAACCGUUUUUCAAAUAAUACUUUUUUUUAUGGGUGUUAAAUAUUUAAAUGAUUGUCCAAUUCAACCAAAUUUACCCGUUUAUUUACUUGUUGUUGGUGCAAUGGGUCUUGUACGUGUAUUAAAUUUAUUAUGGAAACAAUUUCGACGAAGACGUAUGCGAAAAUUAGAAGGAAUUGAACUUGAUCAAGAAGAAGAAACUGAAAAUAAUGGUUCUGGUUUUACAGAUGCUGUUUUAAAUUUAUUUCUUCUUGCUUGGUUUAUUGUUGGACAAUUUUGGACUUGGCAUAUUUUUAUGCCAAAGUUUGAAUUUGGAUUAGAGAAUCCAAAUAAUUAUUGUCAUAGAAAUGUAUAUAUAUUUACACUUGUACAUAUUGCUUUUGUUUAUAUUAUGUUUCUAGCAGUAAUUCUUUUUCUUAUUGCACUUACAUGUUGUGCAACAUAUCCACAUUUAAUUGUUAAGACAACACGUUAA